AUGCCCCCGUAUCAAACACAAGAGAACUUUGAAGUCCCAAAUUUUGAGUUGGAUAUUUUUGUAGAUGUUGGUAGUAAAGAGGCAGCAUCCAAAUGGAUUGCAGAAUUCCAAUCUUAUUCAAAAACAACGAUGCCUCAAACAAGAGGCUAUGACAUUAAAGGAAAUCAAGUUAAUAUAAGGUAUAUGCAUAAUCAUGUGAUCAACUCAGCAGAGUCGCUAAGUUUUCGACAUGUUAACGAAGAAGUUCGUGAAGAACUCUUCAACCUUUUCAAAGAUGGUCAUUCCCCCACUUCGGUACUAUAUGUUUAUCAAGAUGAACUUCAUCUUAGAGCUAAUGAUGAACAGGAAUUGAUUGAAUUUCUUGCAGAUCGAUCGAUAAAUCCAGACUAUGACUAUACCACAAAGCUUUUUCAAGAAUAUCGUAAGGCCACGCUUGGAAAUCGCAAUGGUAAAUCAAUGUUUGAACGACUAGCAGAAGUCGUUAAAAAUUAUAAUGAUUCAGAUCAGGGAAAGACCAUUUUACAAGCAUAUGAUGCACACAUAGGAAAAGCAUUUAUCCUUUGUAUUGUGACCAAUCUCAUGAGCCGAGUGCAUGAAAAAGUUUCCCAAGCAGGAGAACUUUGUUAUGUUGAUGCAUCAGCUUCAUUUGAACCGUUAAACACUUCAAUCACCCUUCUUUAUACUAGUUGCACAGUUGGAGCUCUUCCUCUUAGGUUGUUUAUCACGUCGGAUGAGCUUGAAGUUACUUUGGAAAGAGCGAUUAAUAUGCUAAAGAUAAUACUUCCUUCAUAUGCGUUUUACGGCUGUAGACCACAAACAGGAUCUAUAUUAUUUCUUACAGAUGAUUCAAGUGCGAAGAGAAAUGCCUUGGAGCUAUAUUACCCAAAAGGGAUCUGCCUUUUAUGUACGUUUCAUAUCCUACAGUCAUUUUGGAGAUGGUUACAUGAUGUGAAAUAUCACAUCAGGAAAGAAGAUCAUGCAUCUAUUAUGGCGAAAAUGAAGAAAAUUAUUUAUGCUGCUUCGAUUACAAAACAUUUUGAACUUCUUUGGAAACGCCGAAACUUCUGGGCUCUUUCUUAUCAUAUAGGAUUGCUCACAUGUGAAAACAAUACAAACAAUUAUAUCGAAAGGAGCUUUGGAAUAUUGAAGGAUAUUGUUUUUGCAAGGACCCAGGCAUUCAACUGCGUUCAAGUAUUUCAAUUCAUCAUUACAAACAUGGAAAGAGGAACAAAUGAGAAAAAUAAGGAAACUGAAGAAAUUGGUAUUUCUGAAUUUACUUCUUUCUUGGAGGAAGUAAAAUUAGAUUACCAAAAUUCCAGUCAAACAUUACGAAUUGCGCUGGAUAAGUUUAAAGAUCGAUAUAAUGCAGCAAAGGCUUUGUCUGUUCCCAGAUUAUUCUCUUUCCUAUAUGACCUUAACUGCGAUUUAGACCCAAUGGCCCACAUAAAGAGUGAUGCAAAUAUACAGGUCCAAGUAGAAUCAAUCAAACGAUGA